CUUGAUCCCAACUUGAUGGGGGUGCAAGCUUUACCCUCAGGGACCCCACAGCUGAGUCAAGGAGACUCAGAUUCCCACGGUGUGAAGCACCAUAGACAGACAGGGGCGGAGACUGAGGGAGCAGUGCCUGCUGUGGUGUGGGGGAGAUUUCUAGAGAAGGUGACAUCACCAGGGUCCUGAGGGAUGAGGAGGCGUUUGCAUGGUAGAGGGAGUUUUCCAAAGGGCAUUCUAGGCGGUGGAAGCCAGCUGGGGGUGGGAAACAGCAACAUUGCGUGGAGAAACUCAACUGUGGCUUAAGUAUAGAAUUCGGGGGUGGAGACGAGCAGGGGCUGGACACAAAGAUGCGUCGUUUGUAAGGUGGGCGUGGAGGCAGCCACCAACCUCACCCUCGCCAGUCCCCAGAAACUCCGAAUUGACUGUGAAAAGAACACCCACCUGGAUCAGUGGUGGUGCUAAAUUAACGGAGCGUGCACGCCGUUAACUGUGCCAGGCCGUGAUGCAGCUGCUCCUGCUCGUGUCCCUGCUGGUGGCCCCGGCGCCCGGGUCCUCGGCUCCCAAGGUGAGGCGGCAGAGUGACACGUGGGGCUCCUGGGGUGACUGGAGCCCCUGUAGCCGAACCUGUGGGGGAGGCAUCAGCUUCCGGGAGCGCCCCUGCUACUCACAGAGGAGAGAUGGGGGCUCCAGCUGUGUGGGCCCCGCCCGGAGCCACCGCUCUUGCCACACCGAGAGCUGCCCUGAUGGUGCCCGCGACUUCCGGGCGGAGCAGUGCUCGGAGUUCGAUGCCCACGAGUUCCAGGGCCGGCGGUACAAGUGGCUGCCUUACUACGGGGCUCCCAACAAAUGUGAGCUGACCUGCAUCCCCAAGGGGGAGAGCUUCUACUACAAGCACAGGGAGGCCGUGGUAGACGGGACGCCCUGCGAGCCUGGCAAACGGGACGUCUGUGUGGAGGGCAGAUGCCGGGUUGUCGGCUGUGACAACAACCUAGACUCAACAAAGCAGGAAGACAGGUGUCUGCAGUGUGGGGGUGAUGGCACGACCUGCUACCGUGUCACAGGAACCUUUGAUGCCAGUGACCUCAGCAGAGGCUACAACCAGGUCCUCAUAGUUCCCACGGGGGCCACUAGCAUCCACAUCGAGGAGGUGGCUGCCAGCAGAAAUUUCCUGGCGGUGAAGAGCGUCCGUGGUGUGUACUACCUCAACGGGCACUGGACCAUCGAGGCUGCCCGAGCCCUGCCCGUGGCCAACACCAUCCUGCACUAUGAGCGGGGCGCUGAGGGGGACCUGGCACCUGAGCGGCUCCAUGCCCGGGGUCCCACCUCGGAGCCCCUGGUCAUCGAGCUCAUCAGCCAGGAGCCCAACCCCGGCGUGCGCUAUGAGUACCAUCUGCCUCUGAGUGCCCCCAGGUCUGGCUUCAGCUGGAGCCAUGGCUCGUGGAGUGAAUGCAGUGCUGAGUGUGGCGGAGGUCACCAGUCCCGCCCAGUGUUCUGCACCAUUGACAAUGAGGUCUACCCUGACCACAUGUGCCAGCACCAGCCACGGCCAGCCAACCGCCGCUCCUGCAGCCCUCAGCCCUGCCCACAGACCAAGCGCUGGAAGACUGGGCCCUGGGCGCCCUGCUCAGCCUCGUGUGGAGGUGGCUCCCAGUCCCGCUCCGUCUACUGCAUCUGGUCCAAUGGGGCUGGCGUCCAGGAGGCUGUCGAGGAGGCCGAGUGUGCAGGUCUGCCUGGCAAGCCCCCUAGCACGCAGGCUUGCAACCUGCAGCAUUGCGCAGCCUGGAGCGUGGAGCCCUGGGGAGAGUGCUCUGUCAGCUGUGGCUCUGGGGUCCAGAAGAGGAGCGUCACUUGCCGGGGUGACCAGGGGUCUCUGCUCCAUGCCACAGCAUGCUCCUUGGAGGACCAGCCACCUCUCACUAAGCCCUGUGUGCAUGAUGACUGUCCCGUCCUCAAUGACCAGGCCUGGCACAUCGGUGCCUGGGGCCUAUGCUCCAAGAGCUGCGGCUCGGGCACUCGGAGGCGCCAGGUCAUCUGUGCCAUUGGGCCACCCAGCCACUGUAGGAGCCUGCAGCUGUGGAAACCUGCAAGCGUGGAGCCCUGUAACACGCAGCUCUGCCAUCUUCCUCCCGAAGUCCCCAGUGUGCAGGAUGUGCACACCAGCCCCAGGGACCCCUGGAUGUCUUUGGACCCUCGGGAAGCGCCUGCCUCAGAUUCCAGAGACCAGGGAUGGGCACGUCUGGAGCAGCCCUCCGCCCGGGGUAACCCCAGAGGAGACCAGAGUCCCCACCAGCUGCCAGCCUUGGGGCCAGCCACUUCUCUGCAGCAGUCCCCACACCAGCAGCCCCUGCGGCCUGGCUCCAGGUUUCAAGACUGCAGACACAGCCCCCACGGGUGCUGCCCCGAUGGCCACACUGCAUCUCUUGGGCCACAGUGGCAAGGCUGCCCUGAAGCCUUUUGUCAGCAGAGCAGGUACGGGUGCUGCCCUGACGGGGUGUCUGUGGCUGAGGGGCCCCAUCAAGCUGGCUGUGCAAGGUCUUAUGGUAAUGACAACACCAGGAGCAGGCCAGGGGCGAGAGCGGUGGCCUCCAGAGUCCCCAAGGCCCACCAGCCCCAGCAGACUGAGCCCAGUGAGUGCCGGGGCUCCCAAUUUGGCUGUUGCUAUGACAACGUGGCUUCUGCAGCAGGCCCUCUUGGGGAAGGCUGUGUGGGCCAGCCCAGCUACGCAUACCCCGUGCGGUGCCUGCUGCCCAGCGCCCACGGCUCUUGCGCAGACUGGGCCGCCCGUUGGUACUUCAUUGCCUCUGUGGGCCGAUGUAACCGCUUCUGGUAUGGUGGCUGCCAUGGCAAUUCCAAUAACUUUGCCUCGGAGGAGGACUGCAUGAGCAGCUGCCGGGGCUCUCAACGUGGGCCCCACCAGCCCAAGCCUGGGGCCUCUGGCCAGAGCACCCCCAGAGAUGGCAGCAGCAGCAGCAGUCCUGGAGGCCGGCAGGAGGCCAGCCAGCACAGGCCCAAGGCCACCGUCCAGAGAAGGCCCUUGCCUUCUGGUGGCCUCCAGUGGCGAGACUCAGAGCCUGGGCCCGGGGAGGCGCACCACACGCAGGCCUUAGGACGGCCCUGGGGCCAGGAGCUGAGGCCCAGCGCGCCUGGACUGGGCGAAGACGCCGGUCAGUCAGCACCACCCUCACACAGCUCCUCCCACAGGAUUAGUUUGACAGGCUUGGAGCCCUCUCUGGUACAGGCGGCCCUGGGGCAGUUGGUGCAGCUCUUCUGUGCAGAUGACACCUCCUUGGACCCUCACACCAAGUGGCAAAAAGACGGGCAGCCCAUCUCCUCUGACAGGCACAGGCUGCAGCCUGAUGGCUCCCUGGUCAUCAGCCCCCUGCGGUCAGAGGACGCUGGCACCUACAGCUGUGGCAGCACCAGGCCAGGCAGUGACUCUCAGAAGAUCCACCUUCGUGUUACAGGGGGUGACACGGCAGUGCUGUCUGAGGCUGAGCCAAGGCCCUUCCCUCAGCCCAGGGACCCAGCCCAGGGCUACAGUCCUCAGGACUCCAGGCUAGGGGGGGAUGCCAGGGGCCUGGGGGCCGUCUCCUCACAUUCACAACCCACAACCAGGCUGCGCCUGGACCGGAACCAGCCUGGUGUGGUGGACGCCCGUCCAGGCCAGCGGAUCCGGCUGACCUGCCGUGCUGAGGGCUUCCCACCCCCAACCAUUGAGUGGCAGAGAGACGGGCAGCUCCUCUCUUCUCCCAGACACCAGCUGCAGCCCGACGGCUCUCUGGUCAUCAGCCACGUGGCUGUGGAAGAUGACGGCUUCUAUGCCUGUGUCGCCUUCAAUGGGCGGGACCGAGACCAGCGAUGGGUCCAGCUCAGAGUUCUGGGGGAGCUGACAAUCACAGGGCUGCCCUCUACUGUGACGGUGCCAGAGGGUGACACGGCCAGGCUGCUGUGCGCGGUGGCAGGAGAAAGUGUGAACAUCAGGUGGUCCAGGAAUGGGCUGCCGGUGUGGGCCGAUGGCCACCGUGUCCACCAGUCCCCAGAUGGCACACUGCUGAUCCACAACCUGCAGGGCAGAGACGAGGGCUCCUACACGUGCAGUGCUUACCGUGGAAGCCAGGCCGUCAGCCGCAGCACGGAGGUGAAGGUGGUCCCGCCAGCAACGGCUGCCCAGCCAAGGGACCCCAGCAGGGAGUGCAUCGACCAGCCUGAGCUGGCCAAUUGUGAUUUGAUCCUGCAGGCCCAGCUCUGUGGCAAUGAGUAUUAUUCCAGCUUCUGCUGUGCCAGCUGUUCCCGUUUCCAGCCUCAUGGUCAGCCGGUUUGGCAGCGGGGAUGAAGGCUGGUUCCAGCUCCAGUUCUGAAACAGCUCUUAGGGCUGGGGAGAGGGACAGAGAGACUCUUGGUCUCCCCUCUGUGGUUGGCAAAGAGAGUCAUCUUCUGGAGACAUUUGCCCCCCUCCCCUCCACCCCUGCUAGUGUUUAGUUUCAACAAUAGCCAGUCUAGCCUCCCUCUGAGUCCCCAGCAGUGUUUGCAUCUCUGACAUGACCACAGGUGGCUGCUGAGUUGUCAAGAAGAGGAAUAUGUAUGCAUAAGGCCCCCAUUACUUUAUAACGUCUCUUGAUAAUUUGUUACACAGGAUCAGUUCACUGUGUGUUCAAACAAACGACCCAGGUUCUCAGUUCA